AUGCCAACACCAUCAUACCAAAAUAUUAUGACAUACGUCGAUGAUAAUAAAUGGGUAUUCUGUGAUCCAGUUAAUAGAGUUGCAUUUGAUAAGUCAAUUUUACAGGGUGCAGCUUCAAGAAAUAAAAGAAAUGAAUUUAAAAUCACAGAUUUUAAACAAAAUCCAAAAUCAUUACCAAGAGAUCCAUUUAUGGUUAACGCAACAAUGGACCAUCAAUGUUUAGUUGACCGUAUCAAUCAAAGCUUCAAGACAAUUUCAGAUAAGAAAUCAAAUUUUAUUAUUGAGUAUCCAAUUCAAACUUCAUUAAUUAAAGGUUUAAAUAGUAUUAUAUUAGGUGAUGAAUCACCAUUUGUAUUUAGAAUGGGUUAUAUUCACAUGUCGAAAUGA